CGCUUUGAAGUCGCCGCCAUGCCCGAUCGAUGCCGCCUCCGCUUCUCGCCGUCGCGCUGCCGACGCUGCUCUCCCGCCUCCGUGCGUGCAGGUCCGCCUCCCACGCCCUCCAGUGCCACGCCCUCCUCCUCACCUCCGGCCACCUCGCCGCCUCCCCGCUCCGCCUCUCCAACCUCCUCCUCCUCGCCCUCGCGUCCGUCUCCGCCCCCGCCGCGCACGCGCACGCGGAAGCCGUCUUCGCGCGCCUCCCGGAGCCCGCCGCCCGCGACCCCUUCCCAUGGAACACCGUCGUCCGCCUCCACGCUUCAGUGCGCCCCCGCACCGCGCUUCUCUACUUCGCGCGGAUGCGCCGUUGCGCCGUGCGGCCCGACGCCUACACGUUCCCAGCCGUGCUCAAGGCCUGCGGCUGCGCGCCUGGUUGCAGGGUUGGGCUCCUGGUGCACGCGGAAGCCGUGAGGAGGGGGCUGGACGCGGACCUCUUCACGGUGAACGCGCUCAUCAGCUUCUACUGUAGGGUCCGGGACUGCGGCUCGGGUAGGAAGGUGUUCGAUGAGGCCAGUGGCUUCUCACGGGACCUCGUCUCGUGGAAUUCCAUGGUGGCGGGGUACGUCGGGUGCGGGGAGAUGGAGCUUGCGCAGGAACUGUUCGAUGAAAUGCCGCAGAGGGACACGUUCUCCUGGGCGACCAUGAUCGACGGGUACGGGAAGCAGGUUGGUGGUGUGGACCGUGCACGGGAGAUGUUUGAUCAAAUUCCUGAGAGGGAUUUAGUGUGUUGGAACACGAUGAUUGAUGGUUAUGCGAGGCAUGGAAGGAUAGAUGAGGCGAGGUCACUGUUCGAGCAGAUGCCGGAGAGGAAUGUGAUCUCAUGGAGUGUUAUCAUUGAUGGGUAUGUCAGGUGCGGGGAGGCGAAGGAAGCUUUGGAGCAUUUUCAGAGCAUGCUACGGUGUGGUGUAAGGCCAGAUAGGGUUGCUGCAGUUGGGACUGUGACGGCUUGUGCCCAGCUUGGUACUUUGGAGUACGGCAGAUGGCUGCAUUCUUACUUGGAGAAGAAAAAGGUCUUAUUCGAUGUUGUGGUGCAGACAGCUUUGAUAGAUAUGUAUAUGAAGUGUGGGCGCUUGGAUCUCGCCAUGUCGAUCUUUGAAAACAUGGCUGAGAGGAGUGUGGUCACUUGGAAUGUGAUGAUCGUCGGACUUGGAACUCAUGGUUAUGGUCUAGAAGCCAUCACACUGUUCCAUCGGAUGGUGGCUGAAAGAGCUCCAAUGGAUGAUCUAAGCGUACGUGCCGUGCUGACUGCUUGCACACAUGCUGGAUUAGUCUCAGAGGGUUUAGGGAUAUUUCACAGAAUGAAAAAGGAUUUGGGGAUAGAUCCCAAGGUAGAACAUUAUGGUGCAUUGGUUGAUCUUCUUGCCCGUGCUGGAUGUUUGGAUCAAGCUAGGCAUACUAUAGAAACAAUGCCCAUGGAACCAACUCCGGAGUUGUGGGGGUCUCUUCUUGCUGCCUGCCGAAACCAUAGAUGUGUUGAGCUGGCUGAGUUAUCAGUUGAACGUCUUGCAGAUCUCGGAGCUGAUGAUUCAGGAGUCUAUGUUCUUCUGUCAAAUAUCUAUGCUGAUGAAGGAAUGUGGGGGGAUGUCUUGAGAAUUCGAAAAUUGAUGAGUGACGAGGGGAUGAAAAAGGAUAUUGGGCGCAGUGUGAUUGAAGUAGAUGGGGAAAUACAUGAGUUUGUUAAUGGAGGCAGCUCACAUAUUUGUAAGGAUGAAAUUUACUUAAUGCUGCGGAAUUUAUCUAACAUGGCGGCAUCUAUUUGACUGCUCUUUUGUGCACUAAAAAUUUCUGUUGAUUUAACAUUCUUGACAUACCAAAUUGCAUCUGAUGGUAACUGGCUUCUUUUCAAGAUUCUGAUUACCAGCUCAAACAUGAGAAGAUGCCAGGUCAUCACUGGAUCAAUGGACAUCUUGAGUAUCCGCAUGCAGUCCAUUUUAUUCAAUUUUUCUGGACUUGCUUGCACAGUGGUGACUGAACAUGUGAUUUCGUGAAGAAGCUUUGUAUCUGAGGCUGGAUUUGCUUACUCUAGUCAGUUUAAAAGGGUACAUUGCUAACUAUUUGGACCAGCCGUGGAUUUUUGGACUAAAAGUCGGUUUCAGUCUUUCACAGUGAACAAGUUUGGUCCAAAUUGAGAAGUCUCUGCACCCCUGUUCCAUUGUUCUUACAUCAGCAUGAAGACACAUGAAUUUGAGAAUGAAGACUGAAGCCUUCAAAAUUGUCACAGGUGGCUGUUACUAUGAAAAAGAGGAAUGACAUGAAUGUCCGUUCAUAAGGUGAUUAGAACUGGCAGUGCUCAGAAUGGAUAAAUUGGAACUUUAGGUGAAGAAUAUUGAAAUAAUUUACUCAAGUUAAAUGUUGGUAUGAAAAUGAAGCUUAACAGCCACAGAAGAUCCGGCCUAGAUCUACAAUGCUAUUCAAGUAGAUGAUAACAUUUUGAGAACCAAGGCAUGUUGAAAGAGACGUGACAAUUAUUUGCACCAGUAGCAGCCAGGUAUAUAGCAUAUAAUAAAACUGAAGCAGGAAAAUGCAACCUUAUUCAGUAUAAGAAUCUAAGAGAAGAUGCUUGAAAGAAGGCAACUAAUAAAGGGGAAGCUCUGAUACAUGCAGUAUCGUUUGUGAGCCUGCAAAGGUGAACGAAUGCCAGAGAAGGGCGAGAAGCAGAGGAUUUCGCGUGCUCUGGAUUCUGCAUCUCUGCAUGCCAAGAUUUUGCGCAGUCGACCACCGCUGCCCUGUCCAUCUCCUGCGGCCUCAAGGGAUGGGCUGCGUCUGGAUUUCAAUUCAGAGCCGUAUCAUGUACAGUCUGGUGAUAUCUCUUCGAUAGCAAUCGUUGGAAGCUCUGGAGUCUGGAUCUGCGACGCAUUUGUGGAGAUGUUGGGCGUGGAUAUGGGCAGGGUUCAGCUGCUGUUGCUUUCAGUUUCAGAGCUGGUACCGCGCUACCACGGGGAGAUGCUGAUGGUCACGAGGCCGUAGCCGGGUCCAAGCGUAGUCAAAUUAAUUUGU